GCUUUGCAUAUAACAAGACAUUGUUUGCAUAUAACAAGACAUGACAUCAAGACACAGAAGACUACCUGAAACCAGAGCAGACGCAAGAGCAUGGGGUUUAAUUUGUGGAACAUUGUGUGCGUUGUGAGUGCUGUACUCCUUAAUUCUACAAGCUCACUCGCCCAGACGGAUGUGUGUGGUAAGCCUCCACUGAACAACAAGAUUGUGGGUGGUCAAGAUGCCUCUCCUGGGUCCUGGCCUUGGCAGGUCAGCAUUCAGAAAGACGGUUUUCAUUUCUGUGGAGGCAGCCUGAUCAAUCAGAACUGGGUCUUAUCAGCUGCUCACUGUUUCCAAAGCUAUACAGCACCUCAAAUCACGAUCUACUUAGGAAUGGGAAGUCUGGAGGGGACUAACCCUAAUAAGCAGCAAAGAAGCGUUAGUACUAUUAUCAACCACCAAGGGUAUGAUGAUAAAACCAAAAACAAUGACAUUGCCCUGGUCCAGCUCUCUUCUGCAGUGACUGUCAACGAUUAUGUCAUGCCGGUGUGCCUUGCAGAAAGCAGCAGUGUUUUUCCUGGUGGUACUAAUGCCUGGGUCACAGGAUUUGGUUAUGUUGGUGUUGGAGUGGCUCUGCCGUUCCCUCAAACCCUGCAGGAGGUGCAGGUGCCGAUUAUCAGUAACAGUGUCUGUGCACAAUCAUAUACAUAUCUCACAGACAAUAUGAUGUGUGCCGGCUUAGCUCAAGGAGGAAAAGACUCAUGCCAGGGUGAUUCUGGAGGUCCACUCGUGGUCAAGAACAAUGGAGUCUGGAUUCAGGCUGGGAUUGUGAGCUUUGGCAAAGGCUGUGCUUUACCCAAUUUCCCUGGUGUGUACACCAGAGUAUCUCAGUACCAAGACUGGAUUAACAGCAGGAUCAGCAGCAACAAUCCUGGAUUUGUUACAGCAAACAGCACUUGUUGCUCCCCCAAUCUCUUCUGUCUGAUCCUUUUUUUCUCCAUCAUCUACUCCCUCUGCAACUUCCAGUGCUCACUCUCCCAGCUGGAUGUGUGUGGUAAGCCUCCACUGAACAACAAGAUUGUGGGUGGUCAAGAUGCCUCUCCUGGGUCCUGGCCUUGGCAGGUCAGCAUUCAGGCAAGAGGCUAUCAUUUCUGUGGAGGCAGCCUGAUCAAUCAGAACUGGGUCUUAUCAGCUGCUCACUGUUUCCAAAGCUUUGGAGCAUCUGACAUCACUAUCUAUUUAGGAAUGGGAAGUCUGGAGGGGACUAACCCUAAUAAGCAGCAAAGAAGCGCUAGUACUGUUGUCAUCCACCAAAAGUAUGAUGAUAAAACCAAAAACAAUGACAUUGCCCUGGUCCAGCUCUCUUCUGCAGUGACUUUCAACAAUUAUGUCAUGCCGGUGUGCCUUGCAGAAAGCAGCAGUGUUUUUCCUGGUGGUACUAAUGUCUGGGUCACAGGAUUUGGUACUAUUGCUUCUGAAGUGGAUCUGCCGUCCCCUCAAACCCUGCAGGAGGUGCGGGUGCCGAUUGUCAGUAACAGUAUCUGUUCGAUAGCAUAUGGAUCUGGUUCUAUCACCAACAAUAUGAUGUGUGCCGGCUUAGUUCAGGGAGGAAAAGACUCAUGCCAGGGUGAUUCUGGAGGUCCACUGGUGGUCACGAACAAUGGAGUCUGGAUUCAGGGUGGGAUUGUGAGCUUUGGCUAUGGCUGUGCUUUACCCGGUUUCCCCGGUGUGUACACCAGAGUAUCUCAGUACCAAGACUGGAUUAACAGCAGGAUCAGCAGCAACAAUCCUGGAUUUGUUACAGCAAACAGCACUUGUUGCUCCCCCAAUCUCUUCUGUCUGAUCCUUUUAUUGACCAUCAUCUACUCCCUCUGCAACUUCCAGUGAUGUCAGUCAAAUUAAACACAUAUGCAUAUAUAAAAGGAAUGAACUAAUAUUACUGUAUUUAAUUAACGUCUUAUAUUUAUCAGUUGCUCUUACUUCAAGAUGCAGUUAAUCUGCAUGUUUAAUAAUGACAAAGAUCACUUUGUCUACAGUCUUGAGCGAAAAAGCCAUUCAGCUCGUCUGUAUCCUUGCUAAGAUCCUCCUUGUUUCUCUAAUCUUCUGCUCUGAAAUGAAAAUGUCAUUAUUUAAAAAAACUUUCAUAAUGUAAUUAACUUUUGUUCAUAAUAUAGUGAGAUAUUACAUUGUAUGUGUAUAUUUCUAGCUCAAUUAAUACUUAAAGUGUCUUUCAAUAAAAAGAUAUAUGUAUAUGUCUACAAUAUAUAUAUAUAUAUAUAUAUAUAUAUAUAUAUAUAUAUAUAUAUAUAUGGUCAAUGGUUUGUGGACAUCUGAUUCUCAGAUGUGUUUAUGAACAUCCCAGUCUAGAUUUAGUUACCCUUUGCUCUUUCUUCCCCUCUUCUGGGAACUCUGUGCACAAGAACAAGAAGGUGCACUUGUUCAGUCUUCCAGUUCAUCCCAAAAGAGUUAAGUGGAGUUGAGGUCAAGGCUCUGUGCAGACCAUUCAGAUUCUACUGUGGCUAGACAAGUCAAGACAUUCUAGACAAUUUUGUGUUAACAGUUUGGCAAAGACACACAUAUGGGUAUGAUGAUGUCCAAAAACCUUUAGUCAGAGAGUGAAAAUACAGGUGGCAAAUUAAUAGCAACAUAAAGCUUUUUAGUGAAUUAUUAACUUUAUUGUACAUUGGCUAAGAUUCUAUAUUUCUCUGUAACUGUAAUAAUAGGAUUAACACAAUUUUUUUCUUGAAAGAUAUUCCCUCAACUCGUGUUUGAUGGUGGUGGUUUAGGUAGCUUCCUAAAGAUAUCUCCAAAAGGGCUUGUCAGCUGUGUACAGAUCUUAUGCCCUUGGCAUAUGAUUUACAUAAUUUACAUUCAGUCUAGCCAGAACAUUCAAAUCACAGUGAUGCUCAUGCUCUGUGGAUGGGUGGAGUCACAUGGAUAAAGCAGCUUCCAUAGGAAUAGAAAUGUAGUAUCAUAGGAUAAAGAUAAAAAUCAGAUUGUCAAAGUCUACACGGGGCGUGUCUAACUGCAAUACAUAUAUUUAAUUUGAUUUAUCUACUAGACUAUUGUCAUCUUUACCUGCAGAAUAAACACUAAGCUCAAAUAACACAUUAUUCAUUGUGUAGUAGAGGUGUAUUUAUAGAGGAGUGGCUAAGUAAACAAUACACAUUGUGUGACAUGAAGUAAUGUCUAGUAGAAACUAGUUAUUGAAGGUAGUUGGUAGGUAAAAUUGCAGCCUGUAGGGUAUUUCUUCCCCUGAAAAUUUAGAGGAAUCAAUCGGACCAAUUUUAAAUGAAGAACUGUCAAUAAAGAAUUGUCUCAGUAAA